UCCUCAGCGAAGGUCCAAAGCUGAGUCUUGACAGCACGACGCUAUUUUUCUCUAAAUUUCUCGCUCCCUCCAAGUACCAACAAAAACCCACCUAAAUUUCAUAGCAAUCACUCGAUUUCCAGACGGCGCUACCUUAUUUUCUACUCCUUCUCCCUCUCACUCUGCUUCAAUCUGGAUUGAUAUUGUUAAGCUUUCUGCAUCUCGUGGUGCCACAUAAUCUAUGCUGGUUGGUUCAGCAUAGGUCUUUAGGACAAGAGUGAAAUUUGGUUAGCACAUUUGAGGAGACGAACAUAAAGGUAGGAUUCUUGCUCUAAAGAUCUAUGCAUUCCUAUUCCGUGUUGUCUCGGUGGACUUAGAUGGAUGUUGCGUCAUUGAAGCUUCCCCUUGAAAGUCAAACUUACACUUCCUCGUUGUUAAUGGAGCAAUCACGACAUGAAGAUAUGAACGGAAGUGAGCAUAUUAUUGACAUAACUGGGAGUAGUGAUCCCUCCUCAUCUAGCUUGCCUCAUGGUACAUCUUUAAAUAGCUUAAAUGCAUCACAGCAAGAAGACAGACCUUCAACUAGUCCAAGAGCACCCACAUUUCAACCUUCUAUUUUUUCAUCUAAUGGAUCAAACUCUAGGAACAGUGCAACAGGAAGGAGAGGGGAUACUCGCCGCCGCAGAAGUCCGUUGAAUUCUGGAUUAUGGAUAUCUAUUGAACUGGUUCUUACUGUGAGCCAAAUUGUUGCAUCUGUUGUUGUUUUGUCUUUGUCAAGGCAUGAGCAUCCUCACACUCCAUUGUUUGCAUGGAUUGUUGGUUAUGCAUCUGGAUGUGUUGCUAUUCUUCCUCUUCUGUAUUGGCGCUAUCGUCACCGCAACCAGGUUUCAGAACAAGAUUCUGCUCAAGCCCGUCACAGUUCUCAGAUUAAUGUACCAGCAAGACCAUUUUCUCUUUCUGUUUCUAGGACUUCUGAAGCAGAUCUUCAGACUACCACUGCAUCUUCUAGAAGCAGUCAAAGUUCAGAAGUACUAAGCAGAAGAGUCAAGGUACUUGUGGAAUACUUUAAGAUGGCAUUGGAUUGUUUCUUUGCGGUUUGGUUCGUAGUUGGCAAUGUUUGGAUUUUUGGUGGGCACUCAUCUGCCAGUGAGGCUCCUAACCUAUACAGGUUAUGUAUAGUAUUUCUUACAUUUAGUUGUAUCGGAUACGCCAUGCCUUUCAUUUUGUGCGCAACAAUCUGCUGUUGUCUUCCUUGUAUAAUAUCUGUCCUUGGAUUUCGAGAAGACCUGACACAGGCACGAGGAGCCACACCUGAAUCAAUUAAUGCUCUGCCAACAUACAAGUUCAAGUUAAAGAAAAACAAAAAUAGUGACAAUAGAGAUAGCAGCAGUGCAGGUGUCUCUGAAGGUGGUGUUGUGGCUGCAGGAACUGAGAAGGAGCGUGUGAUCUCUGGAGAGGAUGCGGUUUGUUGCAUCUGCUUGGCAAAAUACGCAAACAAUGAUGAGCUGAGAGAGUUGCCAUGUUCUCAUUUUUUCCACAAGGAAUGCGUGGAUAAGUGGUUGAAGAUCAAUGCAUCUUGCCCCCUUUGCAAGAGUGAGGUUGGUGAGAGCAUUUUGGGCUCUCUCUCCGCGAUCAGUGGCACUCAGCAACGCGGUGAUAGUAGGGUGGGCAAUGAAGUGGCCAACACUAUAUUUUAGGCAGUGAAUGUAUGACCCUUUGUGGCUUCAAGUACGCCGAUGCAAGAAUCUUGUUUCAAAAUGGAUGGAUGAUUGUCCAAGUUCAAGCCUUCCCUUUUUUAACUGUUUCUUGGGUGAUGAGGAGCUUGGUAGAGAUACACGCAGGCAGAGCUGCCUUUGAGGCUUUGACAGUGUUGAAAUGGCAAUGUGGAGCUCUUGUUUGUUGACAAUGUAAGUAAAAAUGAUUUUUGCAUUUCAACAACGCAUGGAUGUAAAGAUCAGAGAGAGGUUCCAAGAUUUGUAGUUAGAUAAUAAUAGAUGGAUUCUUGUUUGUACA